GAGGCGAGGGGGUAGCGCGCGCGCGCGCCAUGGCGGCCUCUCCGUGCGCCUUCUCGCCCCGCGGGUGCCGCUUGUUCGCCUCGGCCGGGCCCGACGGGCGGCUGCGCGUGUGGGACGCGGCCGGCAGCCGCCUGCAGCACGAGUUCGUGCCCUCCGCCCACCUCAGCGCCGCCUGUACGUGCCUGGCCUGGGCCCCGGCGGGGUUGCGGCAGCCCCCCAGCAAGGAUGGCCCCCAGAGGAAAAAACGGAAGUCUGAAGGUGGAGAAGUGGACAAGCAGUUAGAUAUCCUGGCUAUUGGUACAGCAGUUGGUAGCAUUUUGUUAUACAGCACAGUAAAAGGAGAAUUACAGAGCAAGCUAGAUGGUGGUCAUGACAGUAGAGUAAACUGUGUGAGAUGGCAUCAAGACAGCUGCUGCUUGUAUAGCUGUUCAGAUGACAGACACAUUGUGGAAUGGAACACACAGACCUGCAAAGUAAAGUGUAAGUGGAAAGGCGACAAUAGCAGUGUCACCUGUCUAUGCAUCAGUCCAGAUGGAAAAAUGCUGCUGUCAGCUGGUAGAACUAUAAAACUGUGGGACUUGGAGACCAAAGAAGUCUACAGACAUUUCACAGGCCAUGCUACAUCAGUGUCAUCAUUAAUGUUUACCACAGUGAAACCUACAAAUGAAAGUAAACCCUUUGAUGGAAUUACAGGACUUUAUUUCUUGUCUGGAGCUAUACACGACCGAUUAUUGAGUGUGUGGCAGAUCAGAUCAGAUAGGAAAGAAAAGAAUGCUGUGAUGUCUUUCGCAGUAACAGAUGAACCAACUUUUGUGGACCUGACUAUAUCAGAAGUCAAAGAAGAGCCUGUGAAGUUAGCAGUUGUGUGCAGAGAUGGGCAGUUGCAUUUAUUUGAACAUAUCUUGAAUGGUUAUUGCAAAAAACCCUUAACAUCAAACUGUACUGUUCAGAUAGCAACACCUGGGAACGAUGGGGACUCCACACCGAAACCAGUCCCUAUUCUAGCAGCUGCAUUUUGCACAGACAAACAGUCUCUGCUGCUGGUGUAUGGAAACGCCUUACAGCCCAUCAUAGAGAAAGUGUCUUUGAACACCAGUGAAUCCCACAUAUGUUUGGUACGGGACAUCCAGAAAGUGUUGUCACUUAGAACAGAUGCUGCUGUAACAAAGGUAAAAACACCUGUUGUGAACUCGGACGCCAAAGUUCUGGUACCUGGCAUUCCAGGACAUAGUACAGCUGUCAAAACUCCAGCCUUGGGAAAGGAGAAAAAGAAAAACAAGAGGAAACCAGGAGAGACAGAGGAGAGCAUCGAGGAGCGCCUCGGGGCAUUGGAUAUUGAUGUGAGCAAAGUCAAAACUCCUGGUGGCCUUCCCCAAACAGACAGCUUUGCUGUGCUGCUGGUUCAGGGCUUGGAAAGCAACGAUGCACAAAUCUUAAAUAAAGUGCUUAACACGAGGAAAGAAAAUAUAGUAAAGAACACGGUAGCCAGAAUGCCUAUGCAUGCUGUCAUUCCACUGCUGCAUGAGCUUACAAAGAGAUUGCAAGGCAACCCAUACAGUGCCUCAUUGAUGGUUCGAUGGCUGAAGUCUGUUCUUACCCUCCAUGCAUCCUACCUUUCCACAUUGCCAGACCUUAUUCCUCAGCUGGGAAUGUUAUACCAGUUGAUGGAGAGCAGAGUAAAAACUUUGCAAAAGCUUUCCCGUCUGCAUGGAAGACUCUUCAUUCUUGUCACCCAGCUUGCAGCAUCACAAACAGUUCAGGAUGUACCCGAGGUUAAUCAGACUGCAAAGCUGGUCUAUGAGGAUGACUCCUCAGAGGAGGAAGGCUCAGAUGAUGAGAUGAUUGCAGAUAAAGACUCUGACGAAAACUGGGAUGAAGAUGAAGAGGAGCAAUCUGAUGGACAAGACAUGACUGUUGAAAAGGAAGUCAAUGGUGAUUCUGAUUUGGAACCAGAAAAUGAAAGUGAAGAAGAGUAACAGCACGAAAGAGUAAUUUUAGCAGUUUGAACAAGUGGGCCACCAAGCUCUUUGAUUCUGGAUCCUGUUGCUGAAAGAUGCUGUAUUUGCAUAUCAGGAGUGCAGAGCAUUGCACAGCCUGAGUGCAGAGGCACCUGUGGGGCACUGCAUUUCUGAAUCCAGAAUGUUUAACCGUGCCAGCCUUCUCUCGCCCUCCUUCCCUGCGCUUACUUAGAGAAACAUUUCCUCCACCUCCUGGUCAGAUUAUGCCUGUCAUGUGGACAUGCAUUUGUAUCUCAAGUGAAAUAAAUCUGCCACCGCUGUUUGUGUGGGAAACUUG